GGUCCCGAGCCGGCGCGGGGCGUGGGUGUGUUCUGACUCACUGACAGACCUGAGUCUCCACUGUGUAGACCCAGCGUUUAUUCAUGAAGAGCAAGAACCACACAGUAGUGAGUGAAUUCAUUCUCCAGGGGUUUUCCAGUUUCCAAGAACACAAGAUCAUUCUCUUUGUGAUAUUUCUUCCAUUGUACCUUUUAACUCUGGCUGGCAAUGUCCUCAUUGUGACAGUUAUCAGCCUCACUCGUCACCUCCACACACCCAUGUACUUCUUCCUUAGUGUGCUCUCCAUCUCCGAGACCGUGUACACCCUGGUCAUUGUACCGCGGAUGCUCUGCAGCCUUACUGGUCUUAACCAACCCAUCUCCUUGGCCGGCUGUGCCACCCAGAUGUUCUUCUUCCUCACCUUGGCCAUCAACAACUGCUUUCUGCUCACGGCCAUGGGGUACGACCGCUACGUGGCCAUCUGCAACCCCUUGAGGUACACGGUCCUCAUGAACAAGAGGGUGUGUGCCCUGCUCGCAUGGGGGGCUCUCAGCAUUGGGCUGCUUGUGGCCGUAGUUCAGAUUUCCUCUGUAUUUAGGCUGCCCUUUUGUGACAGAGAAGUGGCCCAUUAUUUCUGUGACAUUCUCCCAGUUAUGAAACUCUCCUGUGCAGAUACCACUCUACAUGACAUCAUUAAUUUUAUCAUCAGCUCGUUUGUUAUUGUGGUCCCCAUGGGGCUGGUCUUCAUCUCCUACGUCCUCAUCAUCUCCACGAUUCUCAAGAUCAGCUCUGCCCAGGGCCGGAAGAAGGCCUUCGCCACCUGCGCCUCCCACCUCACGGUGGUCAUUGUCCACUACGGCUGCGCCUCCAUUGCCUACCUCAAGCCCAAGUCCGAGAACACCAGGGAUCAGGAUCAGCUGAUCUCGGUGACCUACACGGUCAUCACCCCCCUGCUGAACCCUGUGGUGUACACCCUGAGGAACAAGGAGGUCAAGGAUGCUCUUCGCCGUGCUAUUAGCAAAAAUCCUCUUGCCUAGGAUCUAUGGUAGUUGGACAAAUGGCCUGUCAUCUUCUGGGUAUUUUGUCAUCUCAAAAAAUGUUUGUAGAUCCUGUUAUUCAUUCUUUACCCAGGAAGAGGUGCAGGACGCGGUGGUAAGGCUGCAGUGACGAGCCCAGAGUUUCCCUGACUUGAAGUUCAUUUUCAUCGUCAUGCUCCCAUGCCUUCUACUAACCUCGGACAUUAGCCCUGGAGGAGGCUUCAGGUGCUGCCCGGAAGAGGGAGAGCUGGGAGGGAGUAACAAGCAAGAGGGUGGGCAAUUGCUGUCAGUGUGUUGAUGGUGGGCACCUGGGCUAUAUGACACCUAUUUGAAGGGAGGCAUUAAGGGAGCAACCUGAGUGUCAGGUAGAUCCUGAGCUCUGAAACAGAGAGAGAGGUUGGCUGGUGCACGCACAUGCUGGAAACACAGUCAGAACUACCUUCCUACUCAUCACUUUCUCCUCUGGGCAGUGACAAGAGUCACAGACCCUGACAUUCCAGAAGAAAAAUUCUCUGCUUUAACAUUCUCACCUGCCUUGGAGACCCAUGAAAUUCCUUCCAGUUUUAUUGAAGCUCACAUUAGAACCGUUUCCGUGGUGAGUCUCAUAUUCACAUGUUAGUAAGUAACUUGUCACACCGGCAGCGGCAUUUCCCUGCAGUUAGAGACGCGCUCUGUGGGGUAACGCACGCACUGGGCUGCAUUCGCGAGUGUGGGGAUACCUGAAGACCCUUCCUGAAAUUAAAUGUAUUAGCCGCACCGCCCCCCUAACGCUGGCUCUCUCAGAUCUGGAUAAUCAGAGCAUGUGGAGCCUGAGCAGAGACACGUGUCUUAACUUCAGGCUCCUCAUUUCUGCGCUGCUGAACUCGUUUUCUGUCAACAGUUGGGUGCCUGCGUUCAGCUCUGAGCUUGAACGCUUGUCUAAACACGGGCCGGGGUGUCUCCUAGUUCCUGAUGCUGUUGCCUUCUGCAGGGGGGAUUGGAUUGAUGUGUGAGAAAGGUGUAAGGUUUUAGGGUUAUUUGGCGAGAAAGUGAGAAAGAGAGCUUGCCAAAGGUCUUAUAGCCUGUAAAAGGGUGAUGUUAAAAAAGAGUAAUAAUAACAAUGAUGAUAAUCCAAAUUUCCCACUCACCAUCCUCUUCCUGCUCAAGGAUGGCCCAAGUGUCCCCACUGAAGGUGCAUUGAGAGUGCGUGUCCGACAAGCGACUUGGGGUCCCUAAUGGCAGAGGG